AGACAAUCAAUCCCGUUCGGGUUUCGUAAGCAUGAAAGCUUCUAGCUUCCAAGUUCUCUUGUCGGCUAAGGGGUUUUUCGCUUGAGCUUUGCGAAGAAAUCUCGCAAUAGGGGGAGAUAUAAUUCUACAUAUCUGUUGAUUGUUAUUUGUUAUUUAUUCUUUUGUUCAUUGCGAUCAAGACACGUUUAAUAAACUCACCUGUCUAAGACACAUACACAGCUAAAGGGGUAAUUUGUGGAUAUACAUUAGGUUAGGUACCUCCUACCUAACAUAUCUCAUAUCCCUUACGCGCGCAACUUCGCUACGUACAAUCAUCAUUAUCACCAUCAUCAUCGGCGAUUGCCGUCUUCUUGUACGAACGCCGUUGGAGUCGAAAAAACAAAAAAAAUCUGGCUGCAUGCAGACGAUAGGCGAGAGAUAGUCGCCGCCGCCGCCACCACCACCACCACCACCGUUACCAUCACCGUUACCGUUACGUGGUACGGAAAACUAUAUAGCUCAGCUCAGCUCAGCUCGUUUGUUCGAACGACGACAGCAAUGGGCGAGGGCGAGAGGUUUCCGACGCUGGUCCGGCCGCCACCGGUCGACACGUCCAAGGCGCCGAUCGAGAACGCGCUCGAGCUCACGGAGCUUAGCAUCAUCGGACCUGACCUCUUCACUAAUACGCGCGAGCUGUGGCAUCCGCCCGGCGCGCGGGGAAUCUACGGAGGCGCCGUUAUUGCGCAGACGCUUGCUGCUGCCCAACGUACCGUCCCACCAAACUUCGUGGUCCACUCGUACCACUGCUUCUUCGUGCUCGCGGGCGACUCCAGCGUGCCCAUCCUGUACCACGUCGAGCGCGUGCGCGAGGGCCGGUCCUUCUGCACGCGCACGGUGCAGGCGCGCCAGCGCGGCCACGCCAUCUUCACCGUGACGUGCUCGUUCGUGCGCGAGGGCAGCGGCGGCGCGGAGACGGUCUCCCACGCGGCGCCCGUGCCGGCGGGAGCCCUGGACCAGAAGCCGCCCGACGACUACGUGGACCCGCCGUUCCUCCGACACGCCGCCGGGGACGACAACGACGACGACCCGUUCCAGACCUACCGGUGUCGGAGCCCCGGGGACGAGGCCGAGCUGCACCCCGCGAGCAAGCGCAUGUGGCACUGGGUGCGGGCGCGCGGCAGGAUCAGCGACGGCGGCGGGCUGCGCGCGCACCUGAGCGCGCUGGCGUACGUCAGCGACUCGUACUUCAUCGGCACGGUGAGCCGCGUGCACCGGCUGUGGCGGCAGCCGGUGCGGCCGGAGGACCUGGGCGCGCUGGACCGGGGGACGCGGGAGCACCUCGAGCGGGUGAGCGAGUGGGAAGGGUGCGGGAGCCUGGCGGAGACGGCGAAGAGGCCCCAGGUCGGGAUGAUGGUCUCGCUCGACCACUCCAUCUACUUCCACAACCCGGCCAAGGUCCGCGCCGACGAGUGGAUGUUCGUCGAGAUGGAGACCCCCUGGGCCGGGGACGGGAGGGGCGUCGUCGUGCAGAAGAUAUACAGUCGCGACGGGACGUUGCUUGCUACCGCGUUUCAGGAGGGUGUUGUACGGUUAACGCAGAAGAAGAGCCAAGACAAGGCCAAGCAAGAGAAAGCGAAGCUAUAAAAAGGUUGCUACUGGCCUUUUUGUUGCUGUUGUGUAAGAAGGCCAAGAGGUAAUAUAAAUGAACCUGG